UGUCCAAAAAUGUACUUGAGCAUUCCAAUAUAUGAACAUAUUUAUUUAAGUAAUUAACUAAAGAGUUGAGUCUGGAUGCAGCAGCAGGUCCAAAUGUCCAGCUGCUUUAAAUGUUGGAGGCCAAUGGACAAUGCAGAUCGUGUCCUGCUCUUCUCUGAAGUUUUCCCUCAACACUCCGGGAGGCUAACGGUAAGUCCAGGUUUGCUGAUCGGUUCCGUGUAUUUUAAAGGUAUUUACCAUCGUCAACAAAUCGUGCGCGAUCUUUAAGAAAGAAGUUGGUCUCUUGCUACUUGGCUUUUCUGGAGUAGGAGCGCUGUUUUCUGAUAAUUAAAAAAAGUGUUCCGUCCUUCCACGCUUCAAGUAUAGUUUCGGUUAAACUACCGAUUUAACUUCGUGUAGUUGUAAACAAGUUUUGUGAACAUCAUCAGAAGGUUUAGCCAGGCUUUAUGACAUCCUCAGAUUGGAUAACCAAGAUGAGGACUACAGGACUUUGUGUGGUACUCAUUCAUUUGCUCCUUGCAUCAGCGUCUAUGGCCUAUGUUCGGUUGUGUUACUACACCAACUGGUCCAGUACCGCCCAGCACCUAGCCGCUUCACCCUGACGACGUGGACCCCUUUCUGUGCACACACAUCAUCUUCGCCUUUGCUGAUGUCAAAGGAACGGAAGUAGUUCCCACGGAACCCAAUGACCAAUCCAUGUACUCAAGACUAGUUUCUGUUAAGGAGAAAAACCCGGAGCUCAAAGUCUUGUUAUCUCUGGGAGGAUGGCUGGUUGGAGGAAGGCAGUUUUCGGCCCUCGUGUCGUCCGAUGAAGAUAUUGUUGCCUUCGUCAACAACCUCAUCGACUACUUGCGCCGCUUUGGCUUUGAUGGCGUGGACGUGGACUGGGAGUUCCCGGGGGACAGGCAGCGAGGAAGUGUACCCGCGGACAGACUCCGCUUCACAAGGCUUCUACGGCGUCUGCGCGAGGGGUUUGAGGAGGAGGCUCAAGCAGACGGGGGGACCCAGACUCCUACUGACUGCUGCUGUGUAUGGGGAAGUAGAGCCUUCACGGACAUACUAUCAGAUCCCGCACAUUGCCAGGUGGGUGGACUACGCCAACCUGAUGGCGUACGAUUUUCAUGGUCAGUGGGACCUAGCCUCCGGCGCCCGCCAUCAUGCCGCGUUGUUCCCGGAAGUGCACGAUUCAGUCCAGGGUUGGCUACAAGAAGGAUUCCCGGCAGAAAAGCUAGUUCUGGGGACUGCUGCCUUCGCGAGAACAUUCUCCUUGGCAACAAGACCUCGUGGCACUGGGGUGGGCCAGAGAGCCGUGAGUAUAGGCGUACCCGGCAACUUCUCGGACACAGAAGGACUCCUCACCUAUCAAGAGAUAUGUCACCUUCUCAAGUCCGGCCAGUGGCAGAGGGUGUGGCUGGAGGAGCAGCAGGCUCCAGUAGCAUUUGGCAAUGUCAGCGGGGGCCGCUGGGUGUGGGCAGGUUACGACGAUCAGGAGAGCCUCAUGGCCAAGACAAACUACAUUCGGCAAAAUGAACUAGCCGGAGUGAUGUUGUGGUCAAUGACCGACGACGACUUCAACAACCAUUGUGGCGACGGCGCAUGGCCUCUGAUGUCUGUCCUGCAGCAACAAUUGCCAGAUAACAGGUCGCCGUCGAAAACUUCCCACGUCACUGACACCAGCAGCAUCUGUCUCCACCACAACCAUCACGACAACCACGACUGCCUCGCCGUGACGAUCCCCUAUGACACCACCCGCUGGACCGCCCCUGAUCGAGCAAGGGCAGACCGCACCCUACCCACCGAGCACACGCACCAGACCUCAGAGGUAGUGCGGCCUACAACUCCUGCUGCUGCUGCAGUUGCACCUGAGGGAGAAGACGGGUACAGGCAGUGCAGGGUGUCUGACACCUUUGGCCCAGCAUUGCAGUGCAGUAGCCAUCAUGGCAAGCCCGGCUUCCGCAGAAAGGUUUACCUGUACUGCUUCGAAGGCUUUUUCGCCGUCGAGUGCUCCUGCUUGUCUGGCUUCUUCUACAACCGCUGUAUCCGAUCUUGUGACACAGACAACAAUUUCCUGGCGUGUCCCUUCAGUUACUAAGCGAUUUCCCCUCUGGAUUGUGAUGAAUGUGCUUAUAUAAGUAAUAAGGAGCUUAAGUCUGAAUAAAACUUCCUUCGCUAGAAAUCAGUAUUGGUCUAUUCUGUCAAGAGAGAAAGGUCCAGAAAGUUGGCUUGACUUCACGUUGGCCAUUAUUUCGGACAGGAGAUCAUUGUGUG